AUGGCGACAACGCCCACAGGCCCUCAUGCUGCAGGUGCUGCUGCUGCUGGAGCAGCAGCAGCAGCAAGUACGCAGCACGGGCUGGGAGUGCGGCGCCGCAGAGACCACAAGGUGCUGCUGCUGCAGUUUGACGACCUCACAGAAAGAGAAAAGGUUGCAUGCGCUCUGGAGCAGCUGAAGCCCCAGGCCUUCAUGCUGCAGGCCUCGGACGAGUUGCUGCGGUGCAUGCAGAAGCGGUGGCAGGAGGGCCGCUUGUCUUCUUUUCAUUAUCUGCAGUUUCUUAACAGUGCAGCGGGAAGAAGCAGCAGCAACUUCUCGGCUUAUCCUGUCUUCCCCUGGGUCCUGCGCAGCUAUGGCGAAGAUGAGGCCUCUAACCCUUUAGUAAAUCCUGCUGCCUUUCGAGACCUCAGCAAACCGAUGGGAGCGCUCAACCCCCAACGCUUAGAAGGGCUCAUUAAGCGAAUGAAAGAUAUACAAGUGGAUGCGGGAGGAGGGACGAUGCCUUCUGGCUGCGAAGACGGGUCUUCAGCAGCAGAAGGAGGAGCAUCGGAUGAAGCAGCAGGAGCAGCAACAGGAGCAGCAGCAGCAGCAGCAGACUUGAACUACAUCUAUGGCAGCCACUACAGCACCCCUGCUUAUACAAUUCACUUCCUCGUGAGGCUGCUGCCGGAGUGUCUCCUUCGUCUCCACUGCGGCCGCUUUGACUGUACACACCGCAUCUUCAGAAGCAUGCAAGGAGCAUGGGCAGGGGCUUACAGCGGCCAAUCGACAUUUGUUGAGUUGCCUCCAGAGUUUUAUUCUUUUGAUGCAUCUUUUCUCUGCAACCGCCUCGCGAUUAGGCUGACAGCAAAGCCAGCAGGUACUCCUUUGUUUGCUACUGCGGGUGGAGAAGACCCUGCUGCUGCUGCUGCAGCGGCAGCAGCAGCAGCAAGCCGCACGGGAUCUGCUCAGUCCGCAGCAGCAGCAGCAUCAUCACCAACUGCUGCAGCAGCAGAAACACUCGGCGAUGUUGAGUUGCCCGGGUGGUGUAAGGGAGAUCCUGCUUUGCUGCUGCUGCUGCAUCGUGCUGCUCUUGAGAGCAGCAACUGCAGCAGCGCGCUGCACCGCUGGAUUGAUCUCAUCUUUGGCUACAAGCAGACCGGCCAGGAGGCUCGUGCUGCGCACAAUGUGUUUCAUCCCCUAACAUACGCUGACGCUGUUGCUGCUGCAGCAACAGGAAGCUGCUGCCCCACUGGCACUCAAGCUGAGGCCUUCUCUCCAGGCUUAACUCGGCUGCUGCAGCAGCUGCCUCCUCUUGUUCGCGAUGUGCAGCUGCAGGAGUUUGGACAAACCCCCAUUAAGCUCUUCUCCGAGCCCCACCCCAUGAGGCUGUCGUCUCCUCCGUUUGACCCCUCUGAGUGGGAGCUUGCCUUUGGGCGUUCAGCGCCUCGGCAUUUGCUGCAGCUGGAGAGAAACCGCAGCAUAGCAGCAGCAGCAGCAGCAGCAGCAGAUGCAGACGCAGGGUAUUCUAUGUGGGGAGACACCCCUUGGUAUCUGUACAUACACCACCAUCCGGAGCUGCUGCCGGGUUUGCUUACGCCGACUCCACUGCCUCCAAGUCUUCCCUCAUCAGCAACAACAGAAGCAGCAGCAGCAGCAGCGGCUGCUGCUGCUGCAGUGCAGCGAUCCAGACAUCAGCAACAGCAGCGCCUGGGAGCAGCAGCUGAACGAGUUCCCCUCAAAUGGAGAACACCCCCGAAGCCUGAGAAGGAGCAGCAGCUGCUGCUGCCGAUGCUGCUGGAAGGCAGUUCGCGCCCUCAGCAGCAGCAGCAACAGCAGCAAGAAGAGCAACAGCAGCAGCAAACGCGCACUGCUGCAGCUUGGAAUCCUGCUGCAGCCACUCGGCUGUGGGGUCGACACCCCCGCAGUGUCUCUUCAGCUAAUUCCCCCUGGCGCCGCUUCUCCGCGUGGCCAAGCAGCAGCAGCAGCAGGAUUGCAGUGGCUGGCAGUGCCUCAGUGGCUUCUACUCAGCAGCAGCAGCAGCAGCGGCAGCAGCAGCAGCGGCAGCAGCAGCAGAUUGCUGUGCGAUGCCGCUGGCUAGGGUUAUCAGGUGUCUCUUGCUGCAGGGGUUGGGUGGCUGUGUUGGGGCGUGACGGGCGUCUGUGCUGCUUCGAUGCUUUAGAGGGUCGUUUGCUUCAGCAGCAGCAGCAGCAGCAGCAGCAGCAGCAGCAGCAGGAGGGUGUCUCCGGCGAAGGAGCUGCAGCAGGUGACGCAGCAGCUUGCCACCCUAUUUCCUGCUACUGCACAGCCAUACACCGCAGAGUUGCAGACAGCGCCCUUAGCAGCGCAGCCUAUUUGGGGUCGUGCCGUUUGUUAGCUUUGGGGUGUACAGACGGCAGCAUCUACCUGCAGCAGUUACCGCAGCGGGACCUCGAGUCCACAGCCAUCGCCAGCAGCAGCAGCAGCAGCAGCAACAGCAGCAGCAGCAGCAGGAGCAUGGGUUUCUAUCCAAUGUCUGCUGGAAGCCGCAAGGAGAAGCAGCGGGUUGUGGGGCAUCUCGACUCUGUAUUGAGUUUGUCUUAUGAAGGCGCUGAAGGCUGUCUUGUCUCUGGUGCAGCAGAUGCUACUGUAAGAGUUUGGAGUGCUUCUCCUGCUGCUUUGCUGCUGCAGCGGUUAUUUGAUGAACCUCUAGCAGAGGUUACUGCCACAGCAGCAAGCGGGCCCCUUGUCCUUGCAGGUACUGCUGCAGGUGAUUUGCUGCUGUGGGAUCUUCGCUGCUCUUCUCCCUUCGUCUGGGGGGCCCCCCAUGGGGGCCCCCACGAGCCUAGGGGCCCCAUCAGGGCCUGCGGUUUCGCUGAGGGAGGCAGAAUAACUGCCUUGCUGCAUACACCGCAAGCUGCUGCAGCACUGCGCAGGCAGGAGCAGCAGCAGCUGCAAGAAAUUGGAGUGGAGAGGCCCUGUGCAGCAGAGAAAAUCGCCGCCCGUGGAGGCACCGCAGCAGCAGAAGCAGCAGCAGCAACAGCAGCAGCAGCAGAUGCACCUGCUGCAACAGACGCAGCAUUUCCAGUUCAGGUGUGGGAGCUGCGCGCCAGCAGCCGAAUACCCCCGCGAGGCCAUGCUGGGGUGUCUGUACACUCCGGGUCCCCCUCAGGAGUUGUAACUUGUGGGGUCCUGGAUGACAGCGGGCUUGCACUUCUAGCUUUUAUAGAUUCUACUACGGGUACUGCUACUGGUGCUGCUAGUGGUGCUGCUGCUGCUAGUGGUGGUGGUGCUGCUGCGGCUGCUGGGGGCGUGCCUAGGGCGGGGCUGCGGCUAGUGGAUUGCCUUAAGAAAGAAGAGAUAUGGUGGGCCCCCCUGAACGCAGUAGGGGCCCCCCGAUACAUUUCUGUGUGGCCUGGGGCUGCUGCAGCAACUGAGGGGCUCUCCCUUGAGGGUUCGGGCCACGGCAGCUGGGGCCCCACAGUUGUAGCUGUUGGAGAGGCUGCUGGGGCUGCUGAGGUCCUUUGGGUGUAG